CUCUUCAGGUAACUCCAGAACUGAAAUGGGAGUGCGCUAUUUGGGAAAGCGACAAAAAGACUCUUCUAUUGUCUUUGACGUCUGGUUCACGCUAUCUGCACGUGUUACGCAUAAGAAACAGAGCCGACGCCCCCGCUCUUACAAAAACAUCGUGGGAUCUUUAAUGAUCAGAAGCAGUCAAGAGCAGAGCGUUGAGCCUCUUCAGGGAGGCACAAAAAGCAAACCGGGUUCCCCAGAGACACGGAUGCUCAAAGGGACCGAUUUGGCAACAGCAGCGUUACAUUUCUCGUACGCACGUCUGCUCUCCGUAAACUCAAGGGCUGAUGGGCAGGGAAAUUAAGAAGCUACAUCACAGGCAUGGAACAUGAAGACAAAAGUGAGAGUCUGCAGAACCUGGAGGAGUUUCACGUUUCAGAAGAAUACGGCUUUGUUCUCCCAGACCCACUGACAGAACUGCCAGAUUAUUACGCUCCCUGGAUGAAUGUCGCAGCCAACCUGCCCCACCUGAUAGAGGGACAUCAGCUCCGCCAGGAAGUAGCAAAGAUGCCGCUGCUCAGCACGCAGUACCUGCGAGGACACAGGCAGCUGCGCCUGGCUCGCCUGGCUCUCGGCUUCAUCACAAUGGGAUACGUAUGGCAAGGGGGCGGCAGACAGACAGUGAAGAUCCUUCCCAGAGCGCUCGCGGUGCCUUACUGCAUGAUCUCAGAGCUUCUCGACCUGCCGCCCAUCCUCGUCUAUGCAGACUGCGUUUUGGCAAACUGGAAGAAAAGAGACCCCUGUGGACCCCUGAACGCAGAGAAUCUCGACAUCCUGUUUUCAUUCCCUGGAGGGGACAGCAACAAAGGUUUCUUCCUAGUCUCUCUUCUUGUUGAAACAGCAGCUGCAGCUGGAAUCAAGGCAAUCCCCAUUAUUGUCAAUGCCCUAUUGCACCAUGGCCUUUGCUCCUUGGAAACAGCACUGCAGGAUGUGGCCUUGUCUAUAUGCAAGAUGCGUGAAGCUUUCAAACUGAUUCACGAGUGUGUAAAUCCAGAAGCGUUUUUCAGAUCCCUUCGCAUCUACCUCUCAGGCUGGAAGGACAAUUUCCUGAUGCCGGAGGGGCUGGUGUACGAGGGGGUGUGGGACAGCCCCAAGCAGUUUUUUGGCGGCAGUGCGGCGCAGAGCUCGACAUUACAGUGCUUUGAUGUACUGCUAGGAAUCCAGCACAGCGCAGCCCAAGGGUUCUCAGCAGAGUACCUCAGUUGCAUGAGGGAGUACAUGCCAGCGUCUCACAGAGCCUUCAUUCAGACCCUAGCUUCUGGCCCCUCCCUCCGGCAGUUCGUCCUGGCAACAGGAGACGCAGGCCUGCAUGCAGCUUUCAACAAGUGCGUGUCGGCGCUGGCAGACCUACGGAGCUAUCACAUACAGAUCGCCACCAAGUACAUCACCAUCCCGGCUGGGAGGUGCCGAGCGGAGCAGCAGCAGCUCGGGGGCUGUGUCCACAAGGGCACGUCAGUGCUCUUAGAAAGGGGAACCGGCGGGACAGGGUUUAUGCACUUUCUCAAAGCCAUCAGAGACACCACCCGAAAGGCACAGCUCACGGAGCAGGAGGCAACGGUGCCAACACACUGACCAGCCCACGGUGAUGGCACAUUCGGAUGGGCCCCUCCAUGCCCUGCCCCUCUCCUGGUGCUGUCAGCCCUGUGUUAGCCAUGACCCUGAGAUGGGAUGGGACAGCCGGGGCAUGGGGAAGGAUUGGGCCUUCUCCUCCACAGUCCAGGGGAGCAGGAAGGGAGCGCCCAGCCUGACCUGUGGACCAUUGCAAGUGGGUGCAUCCACUGAAACCACAAGGACUGGCUGGGGCCCCUGGCCCAUGGAAUGACACCUGUGCACACUUUGCAGCAUGGGCAAGGACAACCCAGCCAUUACGGCCAGCAAAUCCGUUGCUUUCUAGAUUACACCAUAGAUAUAAAUACAAAGAGCCAGGCAUACUGUCAUAAAUAUAAAGGGAAGGGUAACAACCUUAAUGUAUGCAGUAACAUCAAAUCCCUC